AUGGAAGACUCCUGUGAUGACCACCUAUUUGAAAAGUGAGCUCAAAGCUUCGAAAAUUUCGAGUUGAAACAAAGUUCAGGCCUUCCCACCCUAGAAGACCCCGUGGAACUCGCAAUGGAAGAAAAGAAGAACAGGCGAAAAGGUUGAAAAAUGUCGAAAUGAUCGCGAAAACCAUACACGAUGAGACUUAUACCGUUUCUAAGGUGAAAACUUCAAGAAAACUUAAAAAAUCUUUUUUUUCAGAGAUCCAAGGCAAAAAUGGUGGAAAAUUGCGAGGAUAGCUUUGGAUUAGAUGUCAUGUACUCCAUGAAGAAGAAGAAACGAUGGGAGGUGAUUAUUUUAGAAUAAAGUCAGUAGUUUUCAACAAUUGUGAAUUUAAGAUGAGCCCUGAGGACAUAAUUGAAGAUGGACUUCUGAACGAAAUACCUGUGUCGGCGGUUGAAAGGGAUAUUGGAAGUAAUUACUUUUUCAUUUUGAAUGAUCUAUUGAAAACUAUGACGGAAAACCAGCCGUAGUAAAAUGGGGCGGAGUUUGGAACCGAUUUUGAACUUUUAUAAAAAAAUAUUUUUUUAUUUGGAAAAACUAGGCCUUCGUGACUUUUUUUCAUAUAAUUUUCUGUUUAUAAUUUAGAAGAAGCUAAGGCCUACUUUCUCAGAUGGAAAAUUUUUUCGAAAUACCUGCCGAAAAUCGUAACGAACUUUUCUCAAGCGAUGUUUAUUUUUACUGAUACAUUUUUAGAAGGCGCCUGUGGUUAUUUGAACUGCGAACAAGUGAUAGCGGUUCAUUCAAAAGAUGCUGAUGGAUGUGUGAGGACCGCUAAAUCUCUGGGAAGAGGUCAAUCGGUAAGUAGGUUACAGGUUUUAAAUAAAUUUUUGAAGAUGAUGAACGGAAUGUGUUUAGUGAUGAAAAAAAAUUAAUUUUUUGUACAAGAAAUUUUUUCGAUUUUUAUGAGUAUGCGAGUAAGCGUCUUUCUGUGUAUGCACCAAAAACGUCAUAAAUUACAGAAACUGUGAGCGAAAUGUAAUUAUAGCUGAUUCACGACUUACUUGAGCCAUUGAAAAAAGGGUCCUGACACGAUAAUGCACGAGAUAGUGCCUGGCUCGUGGAGAGCGCAGACAGUUCACGCCUCUUCAGCGUCUCAAGCUAGCCGUGAACCAGCUAUAAAAGAACGUCGCAUUUUGAAUGGUCAAUUGAAAAAGAAAAAAUGGGAGCUCCGAAAAUUUGAAAGUUUCUCGUUGAACGAUUUCUGUGAUAACUUCGAUCUAGAGAAAUUUAAAACUGACUUUCAGCUUUUAAAGUUUGAAGUUUCAGCUCUCAAACUUUCUACCCAAAAAUCGAGAAGAAAGCGGGAAAAAAGUUGAAAAAGUCCAAAAACCCGAACUUCAUUACAAUUUCCUGAAGCAACGCCUCAACGAACUUGCACUACCCGGAGAGAAAAGGUUCAUAGGUUGGUUUGAUUUUCUCAAAGUUUUUAAAAAGCAAAUAUUUAAGGAUACCCUUAUGAGGUCGAAAAGGUGCGAGCAAAAUGGAAAUUGGUAGAUCCGGAUGACGUUGAUGAGCCUAUGACGUCAUCGAAUGAGGAUGACGCUAUGGGUGAUUGUGAUUCGGAUGAAAAUCUUCAGAAGGAAGUUAGAAGGUUGGCAUUUUUUUUUUUAAUUUCAAAUUUUUUGUUCAAUUUGCAGGUUGAAAAUUGAACAUUGCUUCAUUGAAAAGUCCAAAAGAGAGAGGAAAAGUCGCAGAAAAGAAAGCGAAAUCGACUUUUCUGAAGUUGAGGUUAACUUUUUUCUACUUUCAUCAUUUCACACGACUUGAAGAGUUAUUGUCGCAAUUGGAAUGGCUCAAAGGUUGCUCAAACUUUUUCCAAUACUAAAUCGCACAAGUCGAUUUUGGUCGGACGCGCUUUGAAGAAAGCCAUUUCAAGUGCGACUUGGACCCUUCGUUUUAGAAGAAAUUAAUUUUGAGAAUAGUUUCAGAUAAUCGAGAAAGAAGUGGCCACUUUUUCAAAUGUCGCGAAUUACCCUGAAACUUCGUCUCCAGCCUAUGUUUUUCUGACCACAAUCUUCAAUUUGUCGAAGUUAAACUUUGAACAAAAUGUGAGUUAUUUCCAGCUUCAAACUUGAAGAAACAAAAAAUUCUACAGGUCAAGCGGUUAAGAAAGGAGAAAAACUUGACAGUGAGAAAAAUUGGCGAGAAACGGGUUUCUGUCGAUGUUUCCCAGGCGGUAAUUUUUUUAUUUUUUUGAAAUAAAUAUUAUUUGAAACAUUUUCAGGUUAAUUUUUCCUUCAAGAAAGGCCACCGAAUCAUUACUUUACGUGAUUAUAGAAGAAGUGGUUUUUCGCAGAGUGAAGUUGGUUAUUUUUAAAGGAUCGAAGACUAUUUUAAGUGAAUAUUUCUUCAAAUUUGAAAAAAAAACAAUUCAGAGUGCUCAUCAACUCAUCGAUUCCUGCGAAUCCCCUCAAAAAUACCGAAAAAAACUUCUACAAACUUUUGGACGGCUCCGAAGACUUCCUGGACAUUGUAAAACGUCUCGUCAAGUUCUUCCACAGCUCCCUUUGCAAUUCAAGGUUCCUCGAACUUCAUAUUUCUAAAACUUCUCAAUUCAGAAAAAUGAAAGAAGAGUCGAAUAUGGACGAAAUAUCUUUCGAAAAGAUGAUUAUCGACGAGAAAGAAUGGGAGAUGAUCGAAAAAAGAUAUAAACCAAUGUAAACAGCAUUAAAUAUCUUUAAAAAAACAUAUUUUAAAUUUCUUAUAGAAAUUCUCCUUUUUUUCGCGAGGGCAGGACUCUUGGCUGUACGGCAAUUUUAAAGUUCAAAAAUGUAGGUUAUCAACUUUCUGAAUUUCAGUAUAAAUAAAAACACAGGGAGCCUUACAACAAUGGUCGGAUGUUCAAGAUUUCACCAGAAGUAAUGGAUUUCUGCAGGAAUAUGAGUUUUUGGAGAAUUCAUCGUUUGAAGGAAAUGUAAGUGAAAAAAACUUCUGUAAUUAAUUGGGAAAAGUAAGAGUCAUAUGUGAAGCUUCAUCAUGAAGCGCGCACACAACAAAAAUAAAGAAAAAGAAAAAGUUCAAAAGUUGGGUCUUGUCUUGUAAGUAGGAAUCUUGUAAGUACUGGUGAGGGUACUGUGGUGCACUUGCGGUUUUAUGUUUUUAAAGUUUGAAAACAAAAAAACGAAAGAGAUUGUUUUUUUGAAUUUUUUUGGAUUCUCGACGUACUUUGAACCUACUUCGCAAUGGGUUUUCAACAAAAAAGGUAAUUAUAAAGUUUUCGGCUUGAAAUUUCGACCCAAAGAUAGAAGAUUACUCAAAAAAACGUCAAUGAAUGAAUAUAAUUUUCUGUUUUUUUGACUAUAGAAUAAAUUUACCAAUCAAUAGUAAAGUUUAAAGUAAAGAAUCAAGUUUUUUUGUUUCAGAAUUUGGCCUGCAACAGUUGUCAUUCCACUCAAGGAAGUCAAGUUUUCAAAAUGUCCGACGGGUUUUUCGAGUGCGCAAAUUGUCUUGAAUCGCACAUUCUGAGGCAAAUACGGAUCGGUGACUUUCCAAUCGACUUGAAGGUGUGUUGAAUUAAUAAAUUCGGCUUUUAAAUCUUCAAGUCUCAAAAUUUUAGCUCGAUAUCGAAGAAGAAGGAACUUCCUAUGAUUUGCUGCCAGAAAUAGUUUCUCUAACCGUUUUCAAUACCAUUACAAAGGUAUAAAAAAUUAAAACUGUAUUUUAGUUUUAAUCAAAUGAAUUCAGGCCGUUUUCAAGCAGAAUUCGCGAGCUUAUCAAGAUAUAUGUCCAUUUUGCGACGCUUUUCUAAGACUUGAGGAUGAUUAUGAAGGUGAAUUUGGUUUUUCUGAUGGUAAAAUUUCAAAAAAAUCUUUCAGCGGUUUGCUGUGAUUCGUGUCAGCAAUGUUGGUGCAAAUAUUGCAAAUUGGAGCCUCAUUGGCCAAUGAACUGUCAACAAUAUUUGAUUUGGAAACCUAAAUGGGAUUUACAAUGUUUGUUUAUAUAUAUAUAUAUAUAUCUAGGGACCGCAGACGAAUUUUCAAAAAAAUUUUUUUUUCAGCAUUGAGCUUUGUAUGGUUCGAUAGCUGUUUCGAUUCAAAAACUCAGAACCGUUUAGUUUUUUUUCAAAAAAAGAUUGAGGAUGAAAAAAAGUUAUGACGGAAAAGGUGGCGCGCCGCGCACCAUGUUUUUUUAGUACUGAAAAUUUGGUAUUUCCAUUUUUUUGACAUUUUUUUCUCGAUUUUUUUCUUCUAGAACAAGUUUUGAUACUGGUCUAUUAUGAUGUAACAAAUCAUAAUAGAGUGCUGAAAUGAUGCUAAUCAGCUAGUUUGCCGAAAAAGUCGGUAUUUUCCAGAAAACAAAAAACUGGAGCUUGCGGGCAUCGAACUCGCGACCUCAAAAUGUAAAAUCGGAGCGCACGCGUUGCGCCAAGCUGUUAGGUCCAACGCGGGGAGCUUCCAUCCCCCAUACCCUUUGAGCCGUUUGAAUAGCACAGAUUGCCUAUUUCAAAAAAAUAAAAAAACUUGAAGUAAUUUAGCUAUUUUUUUUAUCAGAAUAUGUUCGCAAAUCUUUACUCAAACGUUUCGUGGAAAUUCACUUCGAAAAAAACUGUUUUUUUAGUGCUUUUUUUGCCUCGUUUAACGAUCGCUGCAUUAAAAACGGCCCCGUAAAUUUUUUUGGCAAAGACGAAUUUUUUUAUUUUAUUCUUUUUAAUUGAAAGAUUUUUUUACUAAUAAAUGUAUAUAAUCGUUUGAAAAAAACCUGCGUUCGACCGCUUUCUGUGUGAUAAACGCCGCUAAUUUUUUUCUCUAGUUUCAAGAGCAUUUUUUUGCGUAUUAAACAACUUUUUUUCAAGCACAGGUGCUGUGGAGAAAAAAAUUUAAGUAAGACCAUGGUCUAAAUUUUGAAAAAAACAAAAAAACUCGAUUAUAUUCGCUUAUUAACGAUAUUUUUGAAUUAUGACUUUCGGCGCUCCCUAAAAAUUUUUUUGGCAAAGACGAAUUUUUUUAUUUUUAUUGUUUUAAAAUUACCGUUACUUGAAUCAAAAAUCAUUAUUUAAAAAAAGAAAGAGUGCGUUCGACCUAAAAAAACACAUGAAAAAAAGCAAAAAAACGACAAAAUUUUUUUAGUUCCAUUCACGUUUUUUUGUACGACAUUCCGCGAGAACGCAUCAAAAAAAGCGUGAAAUAUUUUUUUAAACGAAAGAGGAAGCUUUUUCUGUACAUGUGUGUCAAAUUUUAUUCGCCAGUUCCACAUAUUUUACAACUACAACAAAAUGAAAGUUGAAAACCAAAAAAAAGCCACUUUUUCUAUCGCGAAAAGGGGCGUGGCUUUGCGGUCCCUAUAUAUAUCAAUAGUUUUCUUCAAGUUGCCGUCGAACAUUCGCAAGGGUCUGGUGAAAUGGAAAAUCUUCUGGAGGUUUUUUGUCCAUGCUCCCAUGCUACUUAUCAAGUCAGUUUUCUGAAAAGAAAAGAAAAAUGAUAGAGGAUUUUAGGUAGUCAUAUCACAGAAAAUGAAGUUCUACGGGAAGAUGAUCCGUGUUAUUCCUUAUCUUUAUCAAAUCAUCAACGAGGGAACUUGUCCCCACUGUGAACUCCGAUUGGACAAGGAUUCCUUGAUCGAAAUUGUUGACAAAACAAAAAGAAACGUUGGGAAAUGGUACCGAUUCGAUGUUCCGCCCGCUAGGCAGUUGAUUUGGAACGGAAAAGAGGUUGGUGGCUUUUUUUGUCUCUGGUAAGUAUUUCAGAAAAAUCAUGAAAGAGGAUAUUGGUUUCUUUAUAAAGCGAUUUCGAAGCUCUUUUCGGAAAGUCCAAAUCUGGAUUUUUAUGGUUUAUUUUCUGAGCUUGAUUCUCAAAGAACUUAAAAGUUUAUUAAAAAGCAAGUUUCUAGAUUUUUGAGUACCCUCUAGUGAUACCUUGAACAGUUCCCUCUUUUAACGCCUUCACGUAAUCGCAUCCCAAGCCAAAUUCCCUCUUUUUCUCAGUGUCUCCGCGCACGCGCGCGCUCUCUCACCUCGCCCGAACGCGUGUAUAGCACGACGAAAAUGGCAAAAACACCGGGCGCCGUGGCGGGCGCCUGUAAGCCAGCUUCUAGGCGGUAGACCGGAGUGGAUGAAGUGAGGGGAGGAGUCCUGCGAGAGUUGCUGGCGACGGCGACCGGGCGUCCGCGCCAAACGCCGCGUCGCCAAGGGCCAACCGACGGAGGUCGGAGGGUCCUGGGCGUCAUAAGGAGAGGCGUACGGCUCAGGGCCGAGAGGCAGCAGGCAAAAGCUUCCGCGCGGUGUAGUGGCCGGACCGCGCCUGUGAGUCGUCACUCUCUCGCAGCCUCCCCAAUACCUUCAGACCUCCGGUCGCCUUUUGCCUUUUUCGGGUCCGAUUUCAAUUUUAUUAUUGUCGUAUUCGGUUUUUUCCGUUUUGAAUAUUCAUUUCACUCGGAUACAUAAUACAACAUGAAAUACAGUUAAAGCGACAUAGCUUGAGCAAGAAUUAUAUUAGAGUGUGAAAAGGAUAUCGGUUUUAAUAAGCCCUUACGAGCGAAUUUACCCGUCUAGGAAAGGAAACGGAAAGUGUUGAACACUUUCAAAAUCAUUUUAACUUUAAAAAAACACUAGAACGAGGUGAGGUUUAAUAAAUUUAGAAGUAAGUAAGGACUGAAUCAUUCCCUUCCUGAAGGAAAGAGAAAAUUCGAGAAAAAUAUAGCACCUCAAGGAAGAUAUGGAACAAGAGGCAAGGUUGUGGAACUUUUUAGAUGGGAUACCUUUGAACAUGACCCCUAUAACGUAAUGAAACUUGAAAUGUACAGAAUAGUUUCAAUUCGACGUAUUAUAAGCGUUAAGCUCCAACAAUAGCCUCAAAACUUUUAAGCUUGGAAGUGACUUGUCAAAAAAUGGAACCUUCUAAUAAUCAUAGGUUUAUUCACUGCAUACUGUUAGAAAAUAAUAGAUAAAAUAGUUCAGAAUACGAAAGCAGCAGAAUAACCAAAACGGGAAUUAGUCCACCUUAACGAGUAGACUAUGACCCGGGGAUAGAAAGGGAGUCAGAGCAAACGGGAAGGAAUGGAUUCGAAAAAGGCAGAGUUAGGGAGAUCAUUAAGUUUAACCCGUAGCGCAUCCGUAUAGACGUUAAAAUUUAUUCUAGAGGUAAGUUUAUUCCAUAAUGGAAUAGUUUUGGAAAAAAAAUCUUUAGAAAACUGAACGGAAGUGCGAAGUCGAAGUGGAUUCCUCUGUAAAGGAGAAAUAGUGAAGAAGUCAUUGCGAUUGAGAAAAUGGUCAGAGCCGCAAAUUAUUUUAUGAAGAGAAAUAAUGUCGUUGAUACAACGACGUAUAAUCCUUUUUCAUAUGAGAGCUCAUUGCGAAAAUGAACUGGACCGGACAAAAAAAAGUUACCGAAAUUCAGACAAUUUCAAAAAAGUUAAAAAAAUCAACAAAGAAUCUAGAUAAGAACCGUUUUCAGUACGUCGCCCUCCCUCUGCGAGCUCGACUUCUGGAGGUGAAGUCGACGAUUCGCCGAGACGUCAGGGAGGUAGUUUCUUCGCGAAGAUCAUAAGAUUGAAAUUUGGUACAUUUUAGCCAUGCCUAAUCGCCCGGAAAGCUCGAAACGACCGGAAAAACUAUGAAAAAUUGACGAAAAAGACGAGAGACCUGAGAAAAAUCGACUCAAAUGCACCCGACUUGGGAGAUCUGCACCAGAAGGUUUACAUUUUUUUGGCAUCUUUGAGAUGAAAAAAACAACUUUGCAGGCUCAACUGCUGAUUGAGAACGUCAAUGGCUACCUCUACACUACGAACAAAUUUACCAUAAAAAUUAGGAAGAUUUUGAAAAAUAUUGGCGUUGAUUGCCUGGAAAUGGUACAAGAUGAGCUUGAUUCGUGAGUUUUUUUGGUUUUAAAAGUCUGUCUUUAAAAGUCUAUUUCCUCUCUUUUUACGUGCUAUUUCUUACGACCUUAUCGAUGAGAGAAAAGAGGGCGCAGACAGGUCAGACUGUUUCAAAUUGUAGCGAUUAUAAAAUUAAAAAAAUGGAUUUUUUUUUUCAGAGUUUCAACUUUGCAAAUCGCUCAAAGGAUAGAAGAAUCCAUUCAACGUCUUGUUUCAAUGGUCGAGAAAAUUGUGAGAAACGGGGAUAACUUGUAA